AUGGACGGGCCCCUCUGCGGGUCCCGGGGCCGGUCCCGGGGCGGGUCCCGGGGCGGGUGCGGGUCCCGCCGGGCGCUGGGGGCCGCCUGCCUGCUGCUGCUGGGGGCCGGCUGCUGGGCGCCGGGGGGGGCGGGGUCCCCCACCCCGCCGCCGCCCCCCGCCGCCCCGCAGCCCCCCGCCGCCGCCCCGCACGACGCCUGCACCUCCUGCGGCUUCAGGCGGCCCGAGGAGCCCGGGAAAGUGGACGGAGACUUCCUGGAGGCGGUGAAGCGGCACAUCCUCAGCCGGCUGCAGAUGCGGGAGCGCCCCAACAUCACCCACGCCGUGCCCAAGGCGGCCAUGGUCACCGCCCUGAGGAAGCUGCACGCCGGCAAGGUGCGGGAGGACGGCCGCCUGGAGAUCCCCCACCUGGACGGACACGCCAGCCCCGGACCCGACGGCCAGGACCAAGUGUCCGAGAUCAUCAGUUUCGCCGAGACAGAUGACCUUGCCUCCUCCAGGGUCCGCCUGUAUUUUUUCAUCUCCAACGAAGGCAACCAGAAUCUGUUUGUCGUGCAAGCCAGUCUGUGGCUGUAUUUGAAGCUGCUCCCUUACGUGUUAGAGAAGGGCAGUCGGAGGAAAGUCAGAGUCAGGGUCUAUUUCCAGGCCUCGGAGAGCAGCAGCAAGUGGAAUGUGGUGGAAAAGAAGGUGGAUCUCAAGAGGAGCGGCUGGCACACCUUCCCGCUGACGGAGGCCAUCCAGGCCCUGUUUGAACGAGGCGAGAGGAGGCUCACCCUGGAUCUCCAGUGCGAGGGCUGCGAGGAGCUGGCCGUGCUCCCCAUCUACGUGGACCCCGGGGAGGAAUCCCACAGGCCCUUCCUGGUGGUGCAGGCCCGCCUGGCCGACAACAAGCACCGCAUCCGCAAGAGAGGCCUGGAGUGCGACGGGCGGACUAAUCUCUGCUGUCGGCAGCAGUUCUUCAUCGACUUCCGUCUCAUCGGGUGGAACGACUGGAUCAUCGCGCCCACCGGCUACUUUGGGAAUUACUGUGAAGGGAGCUGCCCGGCCUAUUUGGCCGGCGUCCCCGGGUCGGCUUCCUCUUUCCACACCGCCGUGGUGAACCAGUACCGCAUGCGGGGGCUGAACCCGGGGACCGUGAACUCCUGCUGCAUCCCCACCAAGCUCAGCACCAUGUCCAUGCUGUACUUCGACGACGAGUACAACAUCGUGAAGAGGGAUGUCCCCAAUAUGAUCGUGGAAGAGUGCGGUUGCGCUUGAUCGGAGCACUUCCAAAUGAGGAGUCGCGAGAGGCUAAAAUCAGAGCGGGUCGGCGAUCCCCAAGCAGCAAGACUGAUUCCUCUAUGACCGUGGCUGUGUUGUCUGAGCUACCACCCAGAUAAGGUUUGGGGAUGUGGGCAUUACUCGAUGCUUUAUCCGAUCCCUGAAGUUCAUCGACCGAUAUGCCUGAUUCGUAACCGAGAUGCUCUUCCAGUUUGGGAUCGUACUCACCUUUAGUUGAAAUUGUAGGGUUCCAGCAGGAAAAAGAAAAAAAAAAAUCAGAGUUGCCAUCUGUGUCCGACGGGGGACUCCGCAAGAACCCGGUGGGGGAAAACGCUCCCCUCUGGGCCCCAGACAAGCAAACCAAUGAACCCUAAAGUAGGAGACCCUGCGACCUGACGGAUGUGUUCGGAAAAUUCAGGGCAGGGAAGGAGCUUUCUAAGAGAGUUUGGCGAGAAAGAGCGCGCUCUCAGUUUCCUUACCGGGAGAGGUCGAUGGCGGCCAUGAGGUUCAGAAAACACCAAUCCAGCAUAGCACUUGCAAACUGCUUGAAUGCACGUAUUAUAGCACUUGCUGAUUUCAAUGCCUUCGGAAGUGGUACUUGAUAGUGCACUUACCUUUGCUCACUAUCUAGUUAAACAAGUGCCGCAUGAGCUAUGCAAUUUAAAGUGUUGACCCAUACUAGACAAAACUGGACUUAUAUGACUUUUUUUAUAUUUUUUUAUACUUGAAAUGAAAUCUUUUGCUUCUUUUUUAAGCGAAUGAUUGCUUUUAAUGUUUGCACUGAUUUAGUUGCAUGAUUAGUCAACAACUGCCAUUUGAAAAAAAAAAGUUAUUUUUAUAGCAGCAAAAAAUGAAUACAGUUAAAUGUAUUAUACAUAAUUUUGGAACCAAAGAGGCCAACAUAUUAGUUAUAAUUUUUAUUAGAUGGCCAGGCCAUCACCCAUGAUGUAGACAUUCCAUCUUAGCAAUCCCUUGUAAGGCCUGCCGAUUAUUUCAGGGUACAGAUGGAUUGUGUUUGUUGAGUUCUAUAUGUCUUUUCUAUACCAUACGCACACGGAAUGUAGAGUGAAAAUGACUAUUGUAGAAUACGGAUGUGCAUCCUUAAAUCCCAAUUUUUAUGUUUAUUUAAUAAAGUUCCUUUUAGGUUCUGUUUCAUAAUAAUUUAAAACCAAACGAUUUCCACGUAGACUUGCUGUUAAAGUAUUUUACAUUUGUGUACAGUUUAAGUAAAUAAAAAAAACGGUUGGAAAAUGA